AUGGCUGUUGCACCGGCUACGGCACGGGCGCAUUACGAUUACCUUAUCAAGCUUCUCCUCAUCGGCGACAGUGGUGUGGGUAAGAGUUGCCUUCUUUUGCGAUUCUCCGAUGGCUCCUUCACAACUAGUUUCAUUACCACCAUUGGGAUUGAUUUCAAGAUAAGAACUGUUAAGCUUGAUGGCAAACAGAUCAAGCUCCAAAUUUGGGAUACAGCUGGUCAAGAACGUUUUAGAACAAUCACUACAGCUUUCUAUCGUGGAGCAAUGGGUAUAUUGCUGGUCUAUGAUGUAACAGAUGAAUCGUCUUUUAACAACAUUAGGAACUGGAUUAUGAAUAUUAUACAACAUGCUUCUGACAAUGUCAACAAGAUAUUGGUAGGAAAUAAAGCUGAUAUGGAUGAAAGCAAAAGGGCUGUGCCCACUUCCCAUGGUCAAGAACUUGCUGACGAGUACGGGAUUAAAUUCUUCGAGACUAGUGCUAAAACGAAUCUUAAUGUGGAAGAAGUUUUCUUUUCAAUAGCUCGGGAUAUAAAACAAAGGCUUUCAGACUCCAACGCCAGAGUUGAAGCAACAACAAUCAGAAUCAAGCAAACCGAAGCUGGCGUUGCAGGCGGUCAACCUGCACACAAGUCAGCCUGCUAUGGUUCUUGA